AUGGCAGACACGCCGACGCAAACACCUAUAAGGACGUCGUUCGCUUUGGCUCACGAGCAGAAGAAGCCUCGUCUUAGUUCUGUAGCGUUCAGUGGUCUAGCUUCUCUUUCGGAUAAAAACGCUCGACCGGCUCCGGUCGCAGGUUCCGAUCCAACACCUCCUUCCAGCCGUCAACACUCUACGACUCUGGCCAGCAGGAAUACCUCGGCCACAGGCCCACCAUCGGCUCUGAAUAGCCGACGCCCUUCUAUGGCUGGACCCCGUCGCUCUUCUGUCUCUGUCACCAAUGUCGUUAUCCCUGCUCAUCUGAUGACCCAUGUCGAGACGAAUUGGACAGAAGACAAGGUCGUGGGUAGACGCAGAUCAGCAUACAAACGCGAGGACUCUCGCAAAUCCUUCAACGUCCAGUCCAUGGCACAGAAACAGCAAGAGGAAGUCAGGAAUAUCAUCAACACAACAACGCAAACCCCUCGCCACAUGAGUGAAUCUAUGGAAGCCUUGGCCCAAGCGGACCCUUUCGCUACAAUGAGAGAACGUCAACCCAGUGCCAGGAAAUCCAGAGGGAAGUCUCUUGCGGCUGUUUCUGAAGCGGAGAAAGCGGACAACAGCGAGCUAGAAGAGGCAGAAGACGAUGAGCCAGUGUCUCCAAACGCAACUCCGGGAGGUCUGAGUGGAUGGGGCAAUUUCGGUUUCAAGUACACCGAGGGAGGCGGGGUCUCUCCUGGUGCUGGCAUAGAUCCUGCUGAUCCAAUGGCGGCUGCUGGAGCAGCUCUAGGCCAAGUGGCAACUAAUGAUACUCACAAUUCGAACACAGCCGGUCGAAGACCAAGUAUGUGGAGGCAAAGUGCUGCAGUGGAUGUGCACAAUCCACACAUCGGAGAACGAAGGCCUUCCGUCUUUCAACGAGCAGGCUCCGUCUUUCAGGGCACACUUCAAAAUGUUCGCAAAAAGGUCCGGCGAAGCAGUAUGUGGGACGUCUACGAAAACGCUAAGAAACGACAACUCGAACUUCGAAGAAAGCGCUGGGUGCAAAUCGUCUUCGAAUACUCCUUCUAUGGCAUGCUUCUUGUCCUUUUAUAUUUUCUAAUCAUCGGAGAGCCCCUCUGGAAGNNGGGGACUUACUUGGAGCUGUACUUGGCAUUCAAGUACAAGCUCAAUGUCACUGGUUCAUGGUCUNNAUCGUCAUUGCGGUUUCUGUUGCGUAACUAUGCAUACUCUCCGCUCCUUGUUCUGUUCGAGCCAGAUCCACCAAUGCCUGAAGAACCAAUCGAUGCUACCAAAACUCCUAACAUCGCCGACACUGCUUUAAUGAUCCCCUGCUACAAGGCCGCCACCCUAAUCGGACCAACUUUAGAAGCUGCCACCAAAGUCUUCCCACCGUCGCACAUAUUCGUCGUUGCCAACGGCAAUAGUCCGACUCCUCUUGACAACACCGAGGAAAUCUGUCGGCCUUUCGGCGUUAACCACAUCUGGAGCCCCGUCGGCUCGAAGAUUGUCGCACAAUUCGUCGGUUGCUAUGCUGCAAAAGACUUCAAGAAUGUCUUGCUCAUCGACGAUGACUGCGCUCUACCACCCAACUUCCCAAUCGUAUCUGAUCGACUCAAGGGCAACGUCAUGUGCAUGGGCUACACCAUCAAGUCCGUCGGACCCAAAUCCUCCAAAGGAACGCUCUGUCAACAAGCACAAGAUCUGGAAUAUAAGAUUUCUGGUAUUCAGCGUGCACUCGCUGGUAAGAUGGGCAGCGCAACCUUCCCGCACGGCGCCAUCUCCCUCUGGGACAGAGAGUUUCUCAUCAAGACCUUUAGCAAGCAUCCUGGAUUCAGUGUUUCCGAGGACUGGUUCUUCGGACACGUUGCUCGUCAACUCGGAUGUCGUACUCAGAUGGCAACAUCGGUCUUUAUCGAGACAGAGACUCCUGAUGCCGUCUUCUUCAGCUCGGGUGGUGAAAGAGGUGGGUUUGGUGAGAUGACAGUCUUCAAACAGCGUUUCUACCGAUGGAACUUCUUCUUCGUGAAUGGAAUGUACUACAAUCUGCAUUAUAUCCUCUUCUCAUGGAAGCUGGGCUGGUGGGAGAUUGGCACCAAACUCUUCGUUUUUCAGGAGAUUUACGAGACGCUCCUCUACCUCGCUACCCCUAUCGUCGUCCCGAUCUCUCUCGCCAUUCGACCUCAGUUCUUCUUCGAACUGAUGGCCCUUACCUUCGUUCUCUACAUGGCUAAUGCUGUCAUCUUCAACGAGAUCCACCUCCGACGUAAGAACGAAAAAGUACCUCAGAAGUGCGUCUGGCUCUACUACAUGCCCUACAAGCUCGUCUUGACCUUUGUCAACGUUGCGAGUUGCUACUACGCCAUAUACAAGUACGCCACCUACUUCGCCAACCGUCAUCCCAAGAUCAUCGAAGACGCCAAAGCUGUGAACGUUGUGCUGCAGCUUGAGGAAGAAGACGUCGAUGACGACCCAGUGCUGCCUGUUGGUGGUCGCCGUAUGAGUGUUACAGCUGUUGGUUCGCAGGUCGAUGUGCCUGGCGGCGCGAUCGGAGGCCGCAGAAUGACCAUCACUGCCAUUGGUCAGCGUUUCAGCAAUCCCAACAUCACCGAAGAAGACGAAGAAGCAGAAGAGCUUAUCGCGAAGCCCGAGCGCAAGGCUUCGAUUAGUAUAGUCAAGGCUGGAGACGCAUCCCAUCUCAUCGACGCUCCUUUACCCUCCAUCACCGUUGGUGGUCGCCGUAUAAGCGUCGGUCUUGCUACUGCUAAGGAUGAGGUACCCACACCCACCGCCGUCCCUAUCCUUGGUCGCCGUUCCCCAGACAAUUUCCAACCUAAGGGUACAAACGAAGGCUUCGUUCGGACUACACGCCCUAAACUAUCAAGAGCAAAAGGCUCAUUAGUAGGCGUAGCGUACGUGCUCGAAGAGGCAGAGGAGGAAGAAGAAGGCACCAUGAGCGAGAAGAUACCAACAACAACGACAACGUCGGAUGUAGAAUCGAAGCGUCGCUCCAAGCGCAUGUCUCAGCUCAGGUACUCGUAUAACGCUCCUGUGGUUGAGGUUACGGAAACGGAGGUAUUGCCACAUGCUGCUGCCGUCGUUGAUGAUAGGUUACUGAAUCGUAUUUCUGCGAUUGAAGGGGCGCUGGCUGCUCGUGGCAUUGGCGCAGUGAACUUCGCUGUUCAUGACGACGGCGCCUUGAAGGAUGUGGCUGCUGAUGUCGAGGAGGAAAACGAAGACUUUGUUUCCUUCGCUGGAGAUGAGAAGAAGCACUCUGAUGCUCAGAGCAUGGUCUAA